CGACACCUAUGUUCCUACAUUCAACAACGAAUAAUCUUAGCUUCGAAAAUUUCUAAUCUGGCCAGAUGUGACUGCGCGGAUAUUUAUAACUCCUAAGAUUGUUUGCAAUUUAUGGUAUCUGAGGCAAUCACGCCAACAUGAUUCCUUCAAGUAUCGGCAGACUUAUCGUCCUUGCUAUCGGAAGUACUAUGUGGAUCUGGAUGGAGGCGUACGUCAAGUUGCAGAUAUCGUGGCACGGAGAAGACAUCCUAAAGCCCUUAAACCGCCAAGAGCCGGCAGACUUCAGCAAUCGCAGCUACGGAGACCACAUAACUGUGAAACUCUCUUCCAUUACAGUUCACUACGUGUCAAAGGGUUGUGAAAGUACACUUCGAGAUCGUCCUGUGGUGCUUCUGUUGCAUGGAUUCCUCGACUUCUGGUACAUCUGGAACAGGCAGAUUCCUGCUCUCGCCAACAAUUUCUGCGUUGUGGCUCCAGACUUACGCGGCUAUGGCCUUUCUACAAAACCCCAUGAUCCCGAUGAAUAUGUGAUGACGUUACUGAUCCAGGAUGUGAAAGGUCUGCUGGAUUACAUAAAUCCGAACCAUACUAGACAGGUGGUUCUCGUUGGCCAUGGCUGGGGAGGCAUGAUCAGUUUUUGCUUUGCCACAAUGUACGAGAAGAUGAUUGACAAGAUGAUCAUCAUCAACGGCAUGCACCCGAAGGCAUUCGCAAAGCAGCUUCUUCGAAGCCUCCGGCAGAUCAGGAUGUCAUGGUAUCUGCUUCCAUUCCGACACCCCGUCGUUCCCGAGCAGUACCUAAUCAUGCGGGACUUCGCUUUCUUUGAUCAAGUGCACAGAGGCUUCAAUACGGACGAGGAGUACGCCCACAAGUACAUGUUCUCCCAGAAAGGUGCCCUCACAGGGGCUAUCAACUACUACCGCGCUGUGAACGAGAGUGAGGAACUGUAUAAGCUGCAGUAUCGCAAGAUCAACGUGACCACGCUCAUCCUGUGGGGACAAGAGGACGCGUUUUACACAUCCCCCAUUGCGAGAUUCAACCAAGAAUGGCUUCCGUCAUCAUACCUGCUAUACUACAAGAGGGCAGGGCACUGGUUACAGCGAGAGUGCUCCGAACAGGUUACCGGCCGCAUCAGGGAGUUUGCACUCAAAGGAAAACUUGAGCUUCUAAAGAAUGCAGCACCUAAAGGAGAAAAGGUGGGGAAGUGCGCGGAGUGGACUGCACCGGGUAAAACGAGGAGGUUGGCCGAAUGUCCGUUGCUUCCACAAAACGCGACUGUACCUACCUUUGGUUUGGAAUAAAUUACCCGCGUACGCGCAGUUUGCAUGUACGUUUUCGAUUUUUCAACAGCGUAGCUGUUUAUGCCA